AUGGACAUUGUCUCGCGCUUCCCCGUCGAGAUUGCACACCAGGUUCUCAGCAACCUCGACAUUCAGGAUGUCGCUGCUUGCCAACAGGUCUCUCGACAAUGGUACUGGAUCGCAAUCGACCCGUUGGUGUGGAAGAGCGUCUUUCUGGAACGCGAAAAGACCUUUGCGAUCCCAACAGGAUUAUACCCGUUUCCAACAAAGGGCAAAGGAGUAGUACAGCAAUCAUCAGCGGCACAGUCGACCUUGGCAACACCAGCUACCACCAGCGACAGCAGCAACUCUUCUUCAUCAUCGACUUUUUCCUCGUCGUCGUCCUUUUCGUCACUCUCUUCUGUUUCUUUCUCUGGAUUGAAGUCUCGGUUGACAGGAGCCAUUACUACUGCUACAUCUGCGACAGCAUCAGCAACGACAACGCCAGCAGCAGCAGCAGCACAGUCAGCAGCAACGGCUAACGGAACAACAAGUACCGCCAACACCUCACCUAAUACCGACGACAGUGUGAUCAUGUCAACGAUGCGAGAUCGGGACUGGAAAAAAGAAUGCCGGACACGCAUCAUGACGGAUCGCAACUGGGCCCGAGGACAUAUCCAGGCAGUUUUUACACUCAAGUUGCAUAAGGGCGCAAUUGCACGGCUGCGCAUCAAGUCUGGCAAGUUGCUUUCGGCCGACAUGUUUGGGCAGGUGGCUCUCUGGGACACGACGACGUAUAAGUGCGACGGCGUGAUUGAGGCUGCAGUGGGACCUAUCCAGCUCUUGGACUUUAGUAUAGCGGCCAUGGUCAUGACCGUGAUCUCCAAGUCUGGGGUUUGCCGGAUCUGGGAUAUCAAGUCAAAGAGGCUCAUCCACAGCUCAACUGCAACCUAUGUGACAUGCAUGACCAUGAACGACGAAUACCUGAUCAUGGGCAGCAAAGAUGGAGAGAUCCAGGUCAUCGACUUUAUGACUGGACAGAUCGUCGCAUCCACAGGCAUCUUUCCUGGCGAAACACUGCAGGACAUAUACAUUCAGAACAACACGCUGAUUAUUGCGACAGACCACCAUAUCCGAAUUCUAUCAAUUGACACGUUGGAGCUUCUCUUGACCAGCCCGCUGCCAAUCCCACCCACGACGCACGCCUACUGCUGCGUCUUUCAUAUUCGAUCGCUCAUUCUCUUGACGGACGAGCACCUUCUUCACAUUGAAUGGGAGCCGCUCUACAGUCACAAGGACGAUCGACUCCUUACAGAUACCCGGUUCGAACUGCCACCUAAUUUGACUAAGGCACCCUUGAUCCACAGAACCAAGAUCCCACCUAUAUUGACGAUUACUUCGAUUGCGAUUGGAGGCAAGCACCCUCACGUGCUGACCACCAAUGCUGAUCGCCCCUCGUUGAACGACGCUAUUCGAGUCUGUCCCGCGAUUCCUCGACAUCACUUCUAUGGCAACCCCGGUGACGAGUUUGUUGAAGCGAGCAGGAGCAGGAGCAGGAGCAGGAAGAGCCAACCGAUUCGACGCGAUGAUGUGCCACGAAUGCCUUUGGAGGAUGAUGACGAGGAGGAAGAAGAAGAGGAAAUGGAGGAUGAUGAGUUGGACUUGGGUCUGGACGGAUCAGAGGCAGAGGGUAUUGUGUUGACGAGUCAGGUUGAUGCUAUAAACGACUACCUCAAGGUGUGUGGACUCAAACCGUCAUUUAUGGAUGUUGACGAGGAUGUGAUUGUAGUUGGCACGAGCAAGGGCGAUAUUGUUGUUCUGCAUAUGAUGCCUCAAGAUUAG